AUGGAAUUGUUCAAGUCGGAUGAAGUCCUGAAGAGCGAGGAUGAGAAAAAUUCGCUCACCUCUGAAAAAGAGACACAAAAGAAGCUUGAAGCUCUGCUAUUUAUCCGAGACUUAGCAAUUCAGCUGGGACUUUCUCAGUCCUGCGUAGCUACUGCGCAAGUCUACUUCCACAAAGUAAUACGAGCCAUAGUUCGCUGUAACAAACAGCAUUGGGAAGUUCGACAGUCUCCACUUAGCAGGCGCCUGCAUUUUUCUAGCUGCAAAAGCCCUGGAGCAGCCCAAGCACCUGGAAAAUGUAUGUAGGCGGUUCUACGUGCUCCGCUCAACUAUUCAGACUUCCCUUAACCCCAGGUUACAAGUUCCUCCCUUAUCAGAUUCGAUGCUGAGAAGGCUUGCAAAAAAUAUUGAAUUUUAUGAGUUUUGGCUUCUAAAUGAGAUAGGAUUUAAUUUUGAGAUUCCUCUUCCAUAUCCAUACAUUCACAAUUUUAUCUUCCCACUAAACAUAUCACCUCAGACGAGGAAAAACGUACUGAGAUACGCGUGCAACUUCGCUAACGACUGUUUCCGAACUACUCUGGCUUUGCAAAAGAGCGCGGAAAAUAUAGCUGAAGCUUGCAUUUUCUUGGCAGUGAAAUUUCUGCAACUUGAGAUGCCAGUCCCAGCAGAUCAAGAUACUGUAGCAAUAAUCAGGGAUUUAUAUAGACAUAGCUAA